AUGGAAAAGAAUCUCUUCUCCCUCAGCCGCGACGCCCGGCGACACCAGACGCCCGGCGGCGUUGCCCACGGCGCGCACUCUGAGGCUUUUCUUUCUCGCCUUACCGACAGACGGAAACUAGAAGGGCACACGGGGUGUGUGAAUCGGCUGGCGUGGCACGACGAAGGCCGCCUCCUCGCCUCUGUGAGCGACGACCGGCAGUGCCUCAUUUGGGAUCUCCAUUCGGAAAAGGCCUCACCUACGGCGACUAUAAAUACGGGGCACUCUCUCAAUGUCUUUGGCGUCGGGUUUCUCAGUGACACGCACGUGGCCACGGGAGCAAUGGACCGUGAGGUUCGCUUGUGUUCGAUCCGCGAAGGCAAUGCAAACUUUGUCUGUCAUUGCCACUCGGGCCGGGUGAAACACCUUGCCACGCUCCCACACUUCUCCCAGAAUCUUUGGUGGACAGCGUCUGAGGACGGCACCGUCCGGCAGUACGACAAACGCGAACUGCACUCGUGCGUCCCUGGCGGCGUCCACGCCCCAAAUGUUCUCAUCAGUCUCCAUCCUCGCGCACGCCCUCGGAGUGCAAGGCCAGCCGUCCGUAUGACCUUUACCCCUCCUCGAGCUCCUGCCUUUUCUUCCUCUGCGUCUGCCUCGGCUUCCUCGCCUUCUCUCGUUCUCUCUUUUCCAGAGACAAGAGAGGGAGAAGAGCACGGCUCGCCCGCCGUCUCUGUUCGGUUGAGGCUGCCGGCGUCGAGGCCCCGCCGCGACCGUCAGGAUGCUGCGUCGUCGCCUCCGUCCGAGUCCGACAGUUCGGAGGGAGACCGACGGCGUGGGAGACGCAGAGAGAGCGACACGGAUGCGCGUUGCCCGCGAGCGUCUUUCACAGCCAGAGGAGAGAGACAUCGAGGGGCUGACGAUUGCCACAGAGAGUUGACCUUGCUGGAUCGGCGAAUGGAUCUGCGCGACCCGCGAUCGGUCCUCACGAAGGACAAACGGCUGUUGAGGGAAGCCUUCUACGAGAUGCAGUUCGCCAGGAAAGGCGGCCCCCGCGGCGCACCUCAGGUGAAGGCCGUUGCCCUCAAUCCGAUGCAGCCUGAAUACAUUGCGAUCGCCGCAAACGAUCCGCUCCUUCGCGUGUACGACCGCCGCAUGCUUUCGCUCAGCAGCGACGGCCAAGGGCGAGGAAGAGCGGCGGCUGAGGACGAUCCCGAGGAGAGAAGAAGACGAGGCCAAGACGUGCGUCAUGCGAUGCCGUGCGAAGUGUAUCUCCCUUCGACUCUGUGGGCAGUGCCUUUUGAGCAUGACCCGCAGUGGGACAGGCGGUUCUCUAGGCUUCUCACGGUCACGCAUCUGAGCUGGUCCCCAGACGGCCGCCGCCUUGGAGCAACAUACAGCGGAGAGCAGGUUUACGUUUUUCCUUUCCUUUCGUCGACGUCCACGCUGGCAUCCCGUUCGACUCCGUCCUACGACUGGAGCCGGUGCGACUUCCACAGCGGAGCGCACGCUCCCGCGGAGACUUCCUGUCCGAUGCCCAGACGCCUGCGACCUAGCGCGGGGCUCUUCUGCGGAGACACGCCGAAGCACUUGGGUGUCUCCCAUGCCGCGCGCACCCCCCGCACAGAGAGCGAGCCUCCGACCGAGCGACGCGGGACUGCAUGCGCUCGCGAAGAGCCAGGGAAUGGGGCCUUCACACUCGGGCCCCGGUUCCGCCUCUCUGCACCAAGCGUCGCACGCAUCAGCAAACACGAGGCGCGCCGCAAAUGCCUGUACGCCGCCGCCGGCUUCUUGACUAGGGAAGAGCAGGAGCAAGUGCUGCCAUCGUCGACGCCGGCUGAAGAGAUCAAAGAGAUGCAGGCCAGCGCCAAUCAACUCUUGAGGAACGGCAAGUACACGCAGGCGAUUGUGAUUCUCACGCGCGCCCUGAACGAAGCGACUCAACCAGAGCUGCGGGUGCCGUUGCUCUGCAACCGCGCUCUGGGCUUCAUCAAGAGAGCAGCCCGAGGCGACGGCCUGGCGGCGGAAAUGGACGCCAUCGAGGCUGCGUGCCUGGCGCCAGAGAAUCCCAAAACGCACUACAGGCGAAUCCAGGCGUUGCGGCUUUCCCUCCGGCCCAUUGCCGCCUUUCGCGCGGCUCGGAAUUCCCUUCAGAGAUUUCCGCAAAUCCCAGACUUUGCGCGGGUCAUGAAGGAAAUCAGCAAAGAGCUCUGCCGCAGCCGCCGAGUCUCGCAGCUCUACGGUUCAUGUAUUCGGCCAUUUCCAGGGCUGCUGUCUCCUUCGCCGCUAAACAGCCCGCGGUAUUUCCGUCCGCCUUCUGAGAGACGAGACGCGCAGGGACAAGGAGCGCAAGGCGAGCGGGGCGCGAGUGCAGAACCCGGAGAAGAGCAGCCGGGACACCAACGCGAGGGCGAAUUGUUUUUCAGCAGAGACGCAGGACGAAGGAACGACGAGCUCCAGGCAGAGCCAAAGGCCGUUUCUGAUACACCUGCGGGAGACAGUAGCGCCUCAGCUUCCUCCGUUUUUUUUCCGCCCUCUUUUUCCUCGUCUUCGUCUGCGUCUUCGCAUGCCUCGGUGGCGGCUCUCGCCAGCAAAGUGCGCGGGACGUGCGAAGCAGGCCGGAUGGCUGCAGUCUCUGACUGGUUGCGUGGCCGUGGUGCUGGAGAGCGACAGGGAGGAGAGGAAGGUUCCAGAGGAUGCUGGGGUCCAGAGAGAGACAAGAGCGAGGAGCGGCAUGCAGCGAGAGAUGUUCUCAGUCAGCACUGUAAACCGAGCGCGUCCCCGGGUUGUUCCCUUGGUGGAGACGCACACGGAGAUGGCACCGAUGCCGGGAGAGAAGGCGAGCGGGAGGCGAGAAUCACCGGGAUCAAGGACGACAAAUCACUUCUCCAAACAGGCGACCGAGAAUGUCGGGAAACGAACCACGGAGACAGCGUAUCCCAGGCGCAGCCGCCCAGCCACACACUCGAUUCGACAUCCUCUUCCUCUUCGACGUCUUCCUCUUCGACGUCUUCCUCGUCUCUUUGCUCGUCUGGUUCUGCUGUCUCUACCUCUGGGGCUGCUGCGUCCUCUGCUGCGUCGCCUUCGCGAAGCGAGAAGAGAGAGAUGCGGAUGAAGCAGUGUGAAAAGGAUAUGGCGAAUUUGAUGUCGAUGGCGUUUGCGUAUCUGGAGCACUCCGAGGAGGCCACCCAGCCGCUGUGGGUCCAUCCGGCCGUGGGAUUCUCGUAUCGCUGUCGGAUUCCUGGCUGGCAAGGCUGGCCUUCUCUGUCUCUGCUGAGAAGGUUGAUGCGCAGCAAGUGCCGCGCUCGGCUCAUGGCGAGGAAGGAGCGCCCGAAGCUUAUCGAGGAAGGUGAAGAGAGUGAAGACCAGGAGGGCGGACGCGGAGAGUGUGGGAAGAGCAGGCGAGGCUGGGACGCAGGCAGGAGAGCUCGCGACGGAGGAGAGGCACACGAAGCGCAACCGAAAGGCGAGGAGGAGGGCGGCCACGACCACGGUCUUUGCAGAAACAGGCGUGGACGACACAAACGGCACGCCUCGCGCAGCUCGCCUCAGAACUCGCCUCUCUCGGCUGCCUCCAGAUGUGGAGCCCCCACGCGUCGGGCGGUAGCUGCAGAGCUAGAAACUCACAGACAAUGCGACUCCGACAGAGACAUCAAACGCGAAAGUGGGGCGAGCGCACGCCGAACCUCAAAACGCCUACGGCGUGGUCCUUCUGGUGAUUCCACUUCCUCCUCAGCUUCGUCUGGGGACGCACCUGGCAGGACAGCCGCCUCUAGGGCGAAUGCGGGCGACGUCAAACCCGAAAAGAGAGCUCCCCCGCGGGACACGUCGCGCCCCGACGCGCUUGGCCUGGCGCGGCGCGCGUCCUUCUCGCCGCUGGCCUCGCUCGACGAAGAGGCGAGCUUCGAGUCCUCGUCGGACUCGGACGGCUUCGCCCUGGAGAACUACAACUCAGACGUCGCGCUCGACGAGUACUGUCACCUCUGCUCAGGCGGCGAAGACGCCCAUAGCGGCCCAGACGAAGGCUCCAACUCGGACGCUUCCGGCGGGUUGCCGCGUGGAGCUCAGCGAUCUACCGAGCAGCAUCGCGCCGAACCGGGGGGGAGGCACGCCGAAACCAGCGGCUCGGAAUCUGCCGCAGAGCCUCGCGCAGGUGCGGGAGACCUUUCGCGCGGCGGAGGCGAGGAGACACCGGAGACGCCUCCUGGCGAGGCGCGAACGGAGACGCCUCCUGGCGAGGAGCAAACGGAGACGCUUCCUGGCGAGGCGCGAACGGAGACGCCUCCUGGCGAGGAGCAAACGGAGACGCUUCCUGGCGAGGCGCCGAGGGACACACGACCCGGCUGCGCUCCAGGAGGCGGCGGGGCGGCAGGUGCCGACCCGGAGUGGGGGCCGAGGGGCGGGAGGAGCGUCGUCGAGUCAGAGGACACAGGUGAAGCAGCGAGGGGGGAAGAUGAUGGAGGCCGCGGGUCUGAAGGUGACGCGCGAGGGGAGCGGACAGGCGUGUCAGGGAGCGAAGAUCCGGGCGACAGCCAGGACAGCGAUGAAGAUGAUCUCGAAGAGUUUCGAUCUUCCUCAUCCGACGAUUCGUGGCCGAGCGCGAGUGACGAAGAGGCGUCGGGCGAGCCCCGGCGUGGGUACUUUUGGGACGACAGCGACGACGACGUGUGGGCGGACAUCGACUCCAUGCACGCGGUCGGCGCCGCUCCCGGACCCUGGCGCAGUCGCUUUCGCACAGCUCGCGAGGCCGAGCAGCAGCUUCUGGACGCUAACUGGAUGCCUACGCCGCACGUUGGCCGAUUCGUGGGGCACUGCAACGCCGCCACAGAUAUAAAAGAGGUCGCGUUCUGGGGAAACGACCACGUCUUAGCCGGCAGCGAUGACGCCUCCGUCCUUGCGUGGCGAAUGUACGAUGGCGAAGUUGUCAACAUCUUGCGAGGACACGAGAGCCACGUGAACUGCGUGGCAGUUCAUCCUCACGGAGCAUGCAUCGCCACCAGCGGAAUCGACGAUUUCAUCAAAAUCUGGACUCCUGAAGGAGGCGCACCAUUCCUACUCGACGAAGCAGCGGAAAAGAUUUUGAGAGGCAACCAGGAUCUGAUGGACGAGGAGAAUGCAUCGGCGCGAAGUCUCUUCACGUUUCGCCCUGGGAUCCUUCGGCAUUUGUUUGCAGCGAUGGACCGACCCGGCGAGGGCGACCGGGAACCCACGUGCAACAUCCAGUGA